UUUUAUUUAUUUUUAUUUAGCAGCCUUGUAAUUUUGGGAUAUUUUUGCGUGAACUACUAUCUAAUUUGACUAAAAUGAUGGUGGUGCUACAUUUUUGGGAUACUGAAACAGUAUUUAUUGGAGUUUAGAAAUACUUACACUUUCUAAACUGUGACUUGUGACUGUUUUCAUUUGAGCUGCAUUAUGACAGUUUUCUAAUAAUCACAAAUGAAUAACAUAUCAAUGAGAUGUUUGAUUGCGUUAUGGUCCGAGUUUCCUUGAUGGCUUCAGAUUCUAGUAAUUAUUGGAGUACACUUGGUGCUCAUAAUGAGGAUAAGGAGGUAUCUAGUUUACAACCCAUACAGUUGGAUAUGGAUUCAUUAGGCCCUUGUCUUUCCCAAGAGCAACUAUUUAGUAUCCAUGACUUUUCUCCAGAGUGGGCAUAUACUGGUGUUAGAACAAAGGUUUUAAUAGUUGGCACAUUUAUCGGAAGUAAAAAGCCCUCUAGCGAAACCAAAUGGGGAUGUAUGUUUGGUGAAAUUGAGGUUUUUGCUGAAGCUUUAGCAGGUAAUGUGAUACAGUGUCAGACUCCUUUGCACUCAUCUGGCCGUGUACCAUUCUAUGUUACCUGCAGUAAUAGGUUAGCUUGCAGUGAGGUCAGGGAAUUUCAGUUUGAUGAACAUCCAACCAAAAUUUUAGGUCCUUUGGGCAGAAGUUGAGGUCCGACUUCAAAUACGACUUCUUAAACUAGUACACUUGAUUUCUGCCUCUUUUCAAUAUAUAGAAAAAUUUAGUGUUUUUUUGCUAGUUGUCAUGGGCCCAAGAUAAAGAUUCUUGCAAGAAAAUAUGGAAAGGCGCAACAAAAUCAUAAAUUCUUUCAAUGUUCAAAUUCAGCAAGCAGCCUUGCUUCCUCUUUCUCCAAGAAUUCAUGCACUUCCCCUUGACUUCAGAGGGUCUUCUCUAAUAGAGGAAAAGCCUUCCAUUUCCGUCAAAUGACUCGACCCCCUGGCUCUUCCACUGUCCUGGCUCCCUUUCCUACCUAUGCUAUGCUCCCCCGGCACAGGCCUACCACGCUUCGCGCCUGCGGCGUUUUCGCCGGACGGUCUUUGCCAGUAGUGCCAUCCUCCCUGCUGGCUGUAUGGGCGGGUUGUCCCUCGCUGCUGUGUUCUGUUAGGCUAUGCAUUACAGGAACAAAUGUAGUUGAAUGAGACAGCAGGUGGUUUACACGUUUCGUUGUGUUAAGAUGUGAGGUGCAGGUGGUGAUGAUCACCCUGGGGUAUGUGCUAGCGCCCUUGACAGACACUUUAGGACCCGCCAACGCUCAUCUGACCGGAGGUGUGGAUAACGAGGCCACCUUCUCCCUUCUGUACUUCAGUCACGCCACCUUUAGUCGCGCAAUCUUCAGUCGAACAAUCUCCAGUCGAACAACCUUCAGACUUGUUCGACUCAAAGUAGUUCGACUGAAGAUUUGUUCGAAUGAAGGUUCUUCGAAUGAAGGUUGAAAGAGAAAGGGAGAAUGUCAAGCAACAAAAUAUUCUCACUAUAACAUUUUUCAGUAUUACAUUUCUUUGAUACCUAAUGUAUCUUAAAAACAUAUGUAUUAAAACUAAAGCAACUCUCUCAAACAAUAAAGAAAAUAUUACAAAUAUCCCAACAUAGUAUCAACUCCAUAAAUCCAGAAAAUUAACCUAAUAUUUUGUACUUAGUAACCUAAUGACAAUAUUACCAACAUCCAUUAUUAGGAACCUAACUAGAGUUAUAUGCAUUACAAUACAAAACAAAUCAGCCAUUAGACCAUCUAAGAAGUAUCCCAUCAUUGAUGCUAUGAUUAUUACGGUUACUAAUGCAUAUCUUCCUCUCAAUGCUGUCAAUCUAAGCUUAUACAUGAUGAAUUCAUUUAUUGGGAUAAGUAUUGUCCCAAUCCCUAUAUUCAUGCGAACUGGGUCAAUCAGUUUUUUAAAUGGAAGAUUAACUAUACAAUUGAAAAGAAUUAAUGUAUAUCCUGAUAUAAAAUUUCUCAUAAAUUCUUCACGUACUAUGAUAAUGUUUUCCAAUGCUUCUUGCCAUAGUAUGAUGAUUAUACCCAAAAUUUUUGUCAUAGUGUGGCAGAAGGUUGUUCGAUUGAAAGUUGUUCGACUGCGAUUGAAAGUUGUGUGACUGAAGGUCGAACAACCUUCAUUCGAUCAACCUUCGGUCGAACAACCUUCUGCCGCACGAUGGCAAAAAUUCUGGGGGAUAAUCAUCAUACUAUGGCAAAAAGCAUUGGAGAACAUUACUUACGUGAAGAAUUCAUGAGAAAUUUUAUAUCAAGAUAUAUAUUGAGACAAUACUUGUCCCAAUAAAUGAAUUCAUAAUGUAUAGUCUUAUAUUGACGGAAUUGAGAGAAAAAUAUGCAUUAGUAACCGUAACAAUCGUAGCAUCAAUAAUGGGAUACUUUUCGGUGGUCUAAUGACUGAUUUGUUUUGUACUGUAAUGCAUAUAANUUUAGUUAGGUUCCUAAUAAUGGGUGUUGGUAAUAUUGCCAUUAUGUUACUAUGUUCAAAAUAUGAAGUUAAUUUUCUGGAUUUAUGGGGUUGGUACUAUGUUGGGAUAUUUGUAAUAUUUUCUUUGUUGUUUGAGAGA